AUGCAGGCAUCCGGACUGCAGCGCCCGCGCAGAGCGAAAGUGCUGAGCUUCGCCAACCAUACGCCGCGCUCUUGGGAGAUAUCUCCUAUCGACCCCUCGCAAUCUCCUGGCCCUUCCGAUAUGUUCGGUGCCUCUACAGGCUCCGACCUGCAUUACCUCGACAAUAUGGGUCAGGCUCCCUCGGCUGCUGAACGGGAGGAGGUCAGGAAAGCCAGCUCGGCCAUUUUCAGAGAGGACUCGAUAGUUCGUCAAGUUGAAGUCAACCGCGAGUACGAGCUGCCGCCUCUUUCUAGGGAAGACUCAUGGUCUAUGCAUUGCGCCUAUACCGAUCAGGCACCUUAUUCCAACGCUAACGCUAAGACCUAUCACGGCGACAGCAAAAUGAUGACCUCGACAAGCAUGCUGCACUUGCCAAAGGGCAAUGCCUCGAAGGAGCUCGUCGACUUUCUUCGCAGGACCGGACCACCUGAACCACAUCGUCGGCCAAGCAAGAUUGAGCAUCCUCGCAGGACCGUGAGUGCACCUAAGAGCGCUUUGAAGAUGUUGAAGCUGGGUGGGAAACGGCAGGUCCAGACCGCUCACGACAGGCUUAACAAUGUAACUCUCCGAGAUGAGGGCGGACUUCUUGCCGAAGCCGAUGAACCAUCUACACCAAAGCCGUUGCCACCAAAUGUGGAGCAGAAGGUAUCAUCGACUGGAAAAAAGUACCUCGCCGUGAGACAACCAGACCCUGCCGAUGUUCAAAUGACCGAGCCGUCGAUACUGGAUCCCAAUAUCCUUGAGUCUCGCGUAUCUGUCGUGUUCCACGACGAAGGUGCUAGCAGUGAAGCUUCACUUCACAACUGGCUCACGACCUUGACCAAGCAACAGUCUCACCACCAAGCGUCUUCAUCGGACCCCCGUGGACCAGCAGCCUCCUUUGACGACGUUGCGACCCCACUUGCCAGACGCUGCCCGACCCCCAUCAGGCCACCAGCAUCGAAUCCUCCGAGUCCAAUACCGGAAUCGUCUAACUCGAUAGCUGGUUCAUACCGCACGGAAAUCGUGGAUCACGCAGUCGGAAAGGGUUCCUUGGACACAACCCGAGCGCUGUCGAGUCAUCCAUUGCGUAGCCACAGGCCAACUACUCCGAAGAUCUCUUUGCCGAACGAAGAAUUUUCCGUCAAACAUCCAAGCCCAGAGAAGGAAGUAGAGAUCAAACAUCCAGCACCUCGUCGAUUUGGCAGCCAUUCAGUCCUGAUGCAGCGAGCUUCAAGUCUUGCUUCCAUGUAUCCAGCCAGGAGCCUAUCGGACAGUCCUGGACCUCCACCACCUAAGAGUCCACUGCGGCUGAGACAUGAUCCCCGAAGGAUAGAGACUAUCGUUUCGGAUCAUGAUGGUCACGAGCGAAGGGUGACGCCAAAGAUCGCACCCAGCAUCAAGUCGGCCAGCGACUUUGACUUUGAUACAAAGCCAAUCCGAGCUACAGUCACUACGGAGUGCAGUGGUCCCAUCAAGCGGCCCAAAUCGAGAGGCAAGAACGGGAGUCCGCGCCGGAAGGAACGCGAUGAACGAGUGCGAGCUCGCAAGCUGCGCGACCGCCCUUCUGUCAGCAGGGCUAUCGAUGCUGUCGUCAACGCACCUGCUACGGCGACCCGCUCGAAGCUCAAGAAGAUGCGUCCUCAGAUUCAGAUUCCGAAUUUCCAUACUCCACCACUCAGAGCGCCGUCUGCUGCGAGCAGAGCAAGCGGAUCCAGUGCUUCAAGCUGGAGGAAGAUCACGCAGUCGACGCUCACGCCAGUGUCGCCGGUACCAUCGGAGGCCAGCGAUGAUGACGAUCGAAUGACCUAUACGCCGAUAUCACCCACGGCUUCAAGUCCGGCGAAGGUGAGGGAUGUGCCAUCAGGUAUGGAGACGAGCCCUGUAAUGCUUGUCGCGGAAGAAGUCCCAGUGCCGAAGACGAAGAUUACACCAAAGCCGUCGAAACUGGUUCUCAAAGAAGGCAGACCUUAUGCUCCACGUCCACGAUCAGCAUCGUACUCCCGCCCCAACGCGAAGCGGAGAAGUCGAACGAGCGCCAACAAUAGUGCAGAGAAAAGCAAUCAUUCUUCGCCCAGAUCGAAAUCGCCUCGUCGUCAUCAGCCCGACGAUGGUGCUCCACCACUACCUUCACCGCCACCGAACCGUGCUCUUCCUCCAACACCGCCAGCUUCCGGGUCGGAGCGGACAAGCAAGGCGAACAGUAAAGCGAAAAUGAUCGACGGUCGGAAAGAGCUGUCCGUCGUACCAUCUUACGACGUCUCGCCGAUCUCGUCGACUUCGUCCAAGAAGGAUAGGUACCCAGGCGUGGCAACACAGAAGAAGCCCAUGGCUAGCUCGUCCAAGGCUAUCAGCCGAGCGCAGUCGAGGAUGGAUGCUCGUCUCGAGGCACUUGAGAAGCAAAAUGCUUUGCUCCAGGCAGCGCUCAUGGCGGUCCUGAAGACCAAUGGCGAGCUGAAUCGUGGGCACCCAGCUCUCAAUGUGGUCGAGCCUGAGGUGCCGAGUAUGAUGGCUUGGGAAGCCCGAGUUGCUCGCAGGAGUGAUGCAAUCAGUCAUGCCCCGAGUAGCAGUAAUGGCAGUGCGCUGGACAUGUAUAUGCGCGCGAGAGCUUCUUAG